GAAUACCGUUUAAACUCCAAGGAGGAGAAUUUGUGUCCACCCCACCCCAUUUCUUCUAACAGCUGAUAAUACGAAACUUCAAUUUCUCAAAGACCAUUUCAAUUUUACUGUUUUUUAUUCAUUUUUUAGCUCCGUUUUUACCCUUUUUAACAAAAAUAAUGGCAGCUCGAAGGCGGAUGCUUCUCAAGGUCAUAAUCCUAGGCGAUAGCGGGGUGGGAAAGACAUCUCUGAUGAACCAGUAUGUGAAUCGCAAGUUUAGUAACCAAUACAAGGCCACAAUCGGAGCUGAUUUCUUGACCAAAGAAAUUCAGUUUGAGGAUAGGUUAUACACAUUGCAGAUAUGGGAUACGGCUGGGCAGGAAAGGUUCCAAAGCCUGGGUGUAGCUUUUUACCGUGGAGCAGAUUGUUGUGUUCUAGUAUAUGAUGUGAAUGUUAUGAAGUCAUUUGAGAAUCUUAACAACUGGAGGGAAGAAUUUUUAAUCCAGGCAAGCCCAUCUGAUCCCGAGAACUUUCCAUUUAUCGUACUGGGGAAUAAGAUAGAUGUUGAUGGUGGCAACAGUCGAGUGGUCUCUGAGAAGAAAGUAAAGGCAUGGUGUGCUUCCAAGGGAAACAUACCAUAUUUUGAGACCUCGGCAAAAGAGGGAUUCAAUGUGGAUGCAGCUUUCCAGUGUAUAGCCAAAAAUGCUCUGAAAAAUGAACCUGAAGACGAAAUAUACCUUCCGGAUACUAUUGAUGUUGCUGGUGGAAGUCAAUCCAGAUCAACAGGAUGCGAAUGCUGAAGGGCUUCUCUGUUGGAUUGUUUCAUCGAAUGAACGGCAGAUUCUCUGAUUUGAAUCCUCUGUUGAUAUUAAUUAAGUUUAUUACAGCACUGUUAGUUGAAGUCUGUGUAUUUGAUUUUACCUUCCAAAUUGCAAAAGUAUGAUUAUAUUGAUGCUGGUGUUUUUUUACUCCUUGUAUAAUACUUCAUUUUGCUUCAACCUUAAUGAUAUUACGAGAUACUAACA